UUGAGCUCGACAGAUAAUAAUACAAGGAAAGCUUCAACUUCUCUGUCAUGUCUUAAGCUGGACUUUUCAUAAAUAUCAGGAUGCUCUUCAUUUGAUGGACACAGACCCAGCGCCGACUGAAUACUUCUCUCCGGGUCUAUGGCUGAAAUUAUGGUCCAAAGUAUUCUCUGUGUGAUAUUUCUCAGCACGUUGCACAUGGCAUCAUCUUUGGAGCUUCAACUUGGCAUGCCAAAUGUCUGUGCUGACCAGGAGUUGUCCAUGUUGGGUAACCGUCAGCCUUGUGUCCAGGCUUUUACCCGCAUAGUAAAAGUCUGGAAACAGGGCUGCAACAGCCACAGUUGGUGUAUGGGCUAUGAGAGAAGGACAGCAUACUACACAGUGUACAGGCAGGUGUACAGCAUGGAUAUGCACACCAUUUCUAAGUGCUGCCCAGGCUGGACUCAGAAGGGUGAAGAGUCAGGCUGCCUGCAUAGAGUGUGUGGUGCCAAUACAUGUUUCAAUGGAGGCCAAUGUGCAGAGACUGGAGACCAGAUAUGUCAUUGUCCACUGGGCUUUAAAGGGACCCGGUGCCAAUAUG